AUGUUUAACUGUAAUGUUGAUAGUAAACCAGUAUCUACUAUAACCUGGUCAUCUUCUAUUAGUACUGAUACUAACACCGGUCAACAGUGGACAUUAACUCAAGCUAAAUGUCAGGAUACAGGAAUCUAUACAUGUACAGCUAAUAAUGGUAUUGGUCAAUCAACUACUAAAUCUUUACCGUUAAAUAUUAGAUGUAAGUAUAUAUUCAGUCAGUAUACUAUAAUCUAUACAUGUACAGCUAAUAAUGGUAUUGGUCAGUCAACUACUAAAUCUUUACCGUUAAAUAUUAGAUGCUUACCCCGAAUAAAUGGUGAUUUAAAAGAUGAAGUAAGGAAUAGAAUAGGUGAAGAAGUUACAUUACUUAUUGAUGUUAUAGCCUAUCCUACACCUAGUUUUAAAUGGAUACAAGAAUCAACAGGACAAGGAUUAACACCAGAUACAACUCAACAAGUAGCUACCAAUAAUUAUAUUUCAAGUUUAACAGUCACAAUACAACAAUCAUCAUUUGGUAACUACAUUGUAACUGUUAAUAAUAGUAUAGGUGAUGAUAAAAGUUUCACUAUAAAGAUUAUCGAUAGCGAUACCCACCAAUCUCCUGAACCAACAUCAGAAUUAAAUAUUCCUGCUGUUAUUGGUGGUAUUGUUGCUGGCGAUUUAGUUAUUAUAAUAAUAGUUAUUGUGGUUGUUAUUGUGAUUAAACGAUCGAAGAAGAAAUUACCAGAAGAAAGUUAUGCCACGUUUUCUAAUAGAAAUCUCGAAGAAAGAACAUAUGAAGAUUUAAAUACUCGUCCUGGAGUUUAUGAGAACAGUCAACAUACUUCUGGAGGUGUAAAAGACUAUGAAAAUAUACCAAGAAAUUAA